GCAAACUCUUUUUUAAGAAAGUUUUUUAUGAGAAAGAGCUUCAUUAGCAAAAGAAUUCGAAUAAUUUAUAAAAUCUAUAGACACUUCCAUUUUUUGUGUUGUUAAGCUGUUAUUCAAAUGACCUGAAUUAACCAGAUUUUUCACAUUUUAGUUUUGAUCGUACGUUUUUUCUGUUAUUCGCCUGACGAAUUCAGUCACUGUUUUCGACAAGUCCACAGUAUGGAAGAAAUUGCGUUUGAAAAGGGUUCGAUCGAAGUGUUAAAUUGAGAAUGGUCUCUUCAAAUAUCAAUAUUUACAAACAAACGCCCAAUUGAACACAUGUGUAUCUCGUUAUCGUAUCGAUUUGCGGUAUAUUCCGUUGAAAAUUUAUUAAAUCAUAAAUAAUUGAAAACCAAAAAAAAACUUGAAAAAUGUCAGAGAUUAUAUUGAUCUAUCGAUAACGAUGACAGAGAGCGCAUGUGUAUAGUUCUCACCAUGAAUAUAGCGUUUCGAAUAAGUUAUCUUUCGGUAAUUUUAAUAGUAAAUAUAAAUUCGAGCACGAACGCUAUAGGAAUUCUGGAAAGCACGAUAAGCGUGAUCUACAAAUGGAAUGAGUAGGGACGAACCGCAUACGAAAGUGAUAACGCACGUCCAUAAAUUGAAUAAAUGAACCUUUUUCGUUAUUUUUAGAGUCUAUUAAUUUUUUGUGUUUGCAUACGGACAAUAGGUUAAAGGGUAAGAUAGAUACAAAUGUAUUGAGACAUUUCAUUUUCAACAGGAAUUGGCCGACUUUGAAAAUAUGCCAAAUGGACCGAAGCUUAGCGUGAAUGAUCUAUGCAGGGAUGGUGGUUUCUAUGACAAAAAUAGCAAUCCACUAUUUUCCUGCUUCGUGGCUGAAGAACUUGACUCAUCCAGUGGUUUACCGCAAUGGAUCGUUGGAUAUGCAUCAUGCUUUAAUACUUAUUCAGCGUGGGUGGGGAAAGUACUAUUCUUGGAGGACUUGUAUGUCAAGCCAUCAUAUCGAAAACAAGGCGUAGAAAAAUUAAUAUUUAUCGAAGUUGCAAAGUAUGCAAUUGACUCGAAUUGCUUUUGACUUGAACUACACGUGCUAGACUGGAAUCCGGCUAGAAAAUUCUACGAUAAGAUGGGGGGUGUCGAUGUGACUGAAACAGCGGGGAGACAUUUUAUCCGCUUUGAUCAACAAAAGAUCGAAUCCAUUGCCAACGGUA